AUGACGAGUUAAUCGUAGUUGAUCUGUACAAUGGUGCAAUUGUAUUAAUAUUGAUAAAACUAAAUAACUAAAAUAAUGUCUUCCGCACAUUUGUCCAGUGGAAAACUAAAUAUUGGAUUACUGCAAGAGCAGGCCAGAAAGCAGCUGCUCUGUUUACUCGAAAAAUGUGACGGACCAAAGGUUAUAAUUUGGGAUGAAUCACUUGGUGGGCCGAUGGGUCUUGUGGCAAAAGGUGAUACUCUUCAAGAACAUGAAGUAAUUAAAAUGUACCCAUUGGUAGGCGGACGUCUACCACCUGCUGAUGUGAGCAACGUCAUUUUUAUUACAAGGCCUCAUUUAGACCUUAUGGAUUUUAUUGCUCAAAAUAUUCAUGGUGAAGAAGGAAGCAGACAGCGCAAAGAUUUCCACAUAUUUUUUGUACCACGCAAAAGCCUACUCUGUGAAAAGAAGUUGCAAAACCGUGGAGUGUAUGGAAACUUCACACUAAUCGAAGAAUUUCCUUGUGAUCUUUUUCCUUUUGACAAUGACGUGGUCUCCAUGGAAAUAAGCAGUGCAUAUCGCGAAUUUUAUUUAGAAAAUGAUCCUACUUGUUUGUAUCAAGUAGCAAUAGCCAUACAAAAUUUGCAGAGGCUGUAUGGUAAAAUUCCAAAAGUUACUGGAAGAGGACCUGCUGCCAGUAAAGUCUGGGACUUGAUGCAGAGACUAGAAAAGGAAAAUGAGGAAACGAAGUCUAAAGAGGUACAGACACCUGUUAUUGAGCAUUUACUUUUACUCGACAGAUCAAUAGACUUAUUGUCGCCUCUCGUAACUCAACUGACGUAUGAGGGCUUGAUUGAUGAGAUUUAUGGAAUACACAAUACCACUGUAAAAUUGCCAGCUGAAAAGUUUGCAAGUUCUGAUGAGUCGCCUACUAUGUCGCUUGAAAAAAAAAUACAACAAAUAAUACUCAAUUCGGGAGAAGAGAUUUUUGCUGAGAUAAGAGAUAAAAACUUCAAUGGAGUGGGACCAGUACUGAGUAAAAAGGCCAGAGUGAUAUCAUCGCAAUUUGAUGAAAGGCAUUCUGACAAAAGUGUACAGGAAAUAAGGAAAUUUGUAGCAAGGCUACCUCACAUGCUAGCUACUAAACAAUCUUUAGCCAAGCAUACAACCAUUGCAGAAAUGAUCAAAGAAGUUACUGACUCCACGAAUUUCUUGGAAACAUUGCAAAUCGAACAAGAACUGCUCAACUGCAUAGAUACUGACAAACCAAAUUCUUACAUAGAGGACUUGAUAGCCCAACAAGAACCAAUUUUAAAAGUACUGCGACUCUUGUGCAUUCAAUCUAUAACGAACUCUGGCUUGAAGCAAAAACUACUAGAUUAUUACAAACGAGAAAUCGUGCAGACUUACGGCUAUGAAUACUUGCCGACUUUACUAAAUUUAGAAAAAGUAGGCCUACUAAAAGUCCAACAGUCCGUCAGGCAGUACACGGUGUUACGAAAAGCAUUGAGACUAACGGUAGAAGACGAGAGCGAAAUCGCGCCAAAGGACAUAAGCUACGUACAUUCUAUUUACGCGCCUUUGAGCAUUAGAUUGGCAGAACAAUUAGUGCAACCAGGAGGAUGGCAAGGGCUGAAUGACAUUCUUGGUUUACUGCCAGGACCUGCGAUCAACAGUGUUGCUCAAAAAUCGGCUUCUGGCAGAAGAAAUUCAAUGACAAGCGAGGACUCAUCUUCGGAGCCAUCGAAACUCAUAUUAGUAUUUUUCAUUGGUGGCUGUACAUUUGCAGAAAUCUCGGCCCUGAGAUUUCUUUCCCAGCAAGAAGAAUUAAACGUUGAAUUUGUCAUUGGUACAACCAAACUCAUUAAUGGAGAUACAUUCAUUUCCUCAUUGAUGGAACAAAUGCCUAAAUGAUUUACGUGU